AGACAGGUAGUUAGGGGAGAUUAAGAAAAAGUACAAUGACGUGAUUGACAAUAAUAAUACAAAAUGGGGAAAAUAUGAGAAAUUGAAGUGGACGGGCGGUGGAGACAGGAAAUCAUCUCUUUCUCUGGCCACUAUCAUCACUGUAUUUUGUCUUUUGCCUCCCUCCCGUUUCUUCUCUUCCGGGGCCGGCGGAGUUCUCAUCGCCGAGCGAAAGCAAUUCCGGCCUGGGAAUACUUACGGAAAAUCUCACGGCGGUUCAGAAAUCAAGGGGGAAAGCAUAGAGGCUGUCUGAGGAGUAAGAGCUGGAUCAAUAGAAUGGUUCUUCGCCGCCACUUACACAGGUCAAUCUCCCGAAGAAUUUGCGUUGAAUUGACGCGUACCAGUCCCAGCCGCGACGAGUUGACUGUUUCGGCAGCGAGAUCACUUUGAAUUUCACUCCCAGCUGCUGCUGCGUCGGCGGCGGCCGUCGGUUUGGCUUCUUGUUUUUGUUUUGGAUUAGCUGCGGUUUCGCGGCCGCGAGUGCUCGAGAUCUCUCUUUGAAUUCUGGCAACCAUGGCUCCAGUUCCGCCGCGAAGGGCAUCCGACUCCGAAGGUGCCGGCGGAUCUCCGGACAUUGAAUCUAUCGGGUCGGGCACGAGGAGAUCGAGUAUCCCGUCUUUCAGAAAGUCUCAGCACCGGCAGCGGGAGUUCCUUGAUAGGUUAGUGGACUGCGAAACGCUGACUUCCCAUCUCGGCGACUGGUUUGAAUCAGUCUCCGGACCCAAAAGGCCGGCUUUUGAUGUCCCUUUCGAGCUAAUAGACCUUCAGAAGUUUGACUACGCAUUGGAAGGGGUUUCGUUUCAGCAGCUGAUUCGAAUGCCCAGUGCUGUGUACGCAUCAUCCACAUCUGAUGCCGUGGAAGCCAUUGCUUUCUUAGCGGUUGAAGAUUUUCUCCACGCCGGUGUUAAGGGUUUGUGGGAGGCGUUCUGGAGUCAGGAUGAAGAGGAUGCUCCCCUGCCUUUCUCAGUGGCUUGUCUCUACAGUGAGAACCUGAAGUUCUACCAAGCUGAGAAGGCCAUAGCGAAUGGGAAGCUCCCUGGCCUCUGUGCGACUGGUGUAUUGGUUAACAAUCCAAGACACCCACAUGGUAAAUGGGAUCAAAUUCUCGAACUGGCUCUUCUUCGGCCUGAUAUAGGGUAUGACCCGCAGCCUUCACACGCCGUGCUGGGUGAGGCUAUCUUUUAUGCUUUACGCCUACUGUUAUCCAGGAAGCUAGGGAGCUUUCAGUCUGCUGAGAGUGUGGACACUGUCUUUGUUCUUCUUGUUGAUUCGCAGUAUGGAGGGGUAGUGAAAGUUGAAGGUGAUGUAAAUAGAUUGGAGUUUGAUGUGAAUAACGUUUACGAGAGUUGUGCCGAUUGGAUCAAGAGCCGUUCUAGGAUUUCAGUCUCUCCCAUAGAUCGGAUAUGGAACAAGCUAGGAAAUGCCAAUUGGGGGGACAUUGGUGCUCUACAGGUCCUUUUUGCAACCUUCCACUCUAUAAUGCAGUUUGCAGGGAUGCCAAAGCACUCUAUCGAAGAUCUAGCUGCUGAUCAUAGCUCUCGUCUCCAAGCAAGAAGAAUCGAGAGGCAGUUGGGGGAUAGGGAUACUGCUCGAGUUAAUGGAAAUGGGGCUUUUCGGUACCAGCAGCGUAGCAUGGAACCAGAGAUAGUGGAAGUUCUGGAUGAGUCGGUUAAUAACAUCGAGUCGGAAGAACUUGUGAUGAAGUUGGAAAAUGGUUCGGUCCUGUGGUUGGAGGACACAGACCAGCAGAAGGGUUAUCAAAUCGACGGUGUUCUGUUCAAUGGCGAACUACAAUACUAUCUUGCCUCGCCAGUAGAAGACCCUAAUAGAUCCUAUUUCCUCUACGUUGGUUCUCACCCUUCUCAGCUCGAACCGGCAUGGGAGGACAUGAAGCUAUGGUAUCAGGUCCAAAGACAGACCAAAGUAUUGACCAUCAUGAGGCAGAAAGGUGUGUCUAGUAAGUAUCUACCUGACCUGGCCGCUUCUGGCAGAAUCGCCCACCCUGGUCAGUGCCGGAAACCCAGCUCCGGUGGAAACUGCGAUCAUCCAUGGUGCUCGACUCCGAUCCUCGUCAUGAGCCCGGUCGGGGAGUCGGUAUCCGACAUGAUAAUGUCCGGAAGAUUCGGGCCAGAAGAAGCAAUCAGGUGUUGUCACGAUUGCUUAUCCGCUCUUUCAACCGCAGCCUCAGUCGGAAUUAGACACGGUGACAUCCGGCCCGAGAACAUUAUAAGGUCGGGCAGCACGAGGCAGCAUCCGCACUUCGUACUAAUUGGUUGGGGCCACGCAAUAAUCGAGGAAAGGGACCGUCCAGCAAUGAAUCUGCAUUUCUCUUCAACAUAUGCUCUCCAAGAGGGGAAGUUGUGCUCUGCUUCCGACGCUGAGAGCCUCGUCUACAUGCUCUACUUCUCGUCCGGUGGGCCUCUGCCCGACUUGGACUCAGUCGAAGGUGCCUUGCAGUGGAGGGAGACGGCCUGGUCGAGGAGGUUAAUCCAGCAGAAGCUCGGUGAUGUGUCUACCGUGUUGAAAGCAUUUGCUGAUUAUGUUGACAGUCUCUGUGGGACACCGUAUCCCAUUGAUUAUGAUAUCUGGAUCAGAAGGUUGAAGAGGAACUUCCAGGACGACGAUCAUGGCAAGGAGAUAGAAUCUUCUUCGAGUUAACGAACAAUACUGCACACUGAACAUCCAACCCUUUUGAAUGAUUUUUGGCCUGCAGUCAAGCUGGGUUUGUGAAGAGUAUUCUUUAAGUACGGGUUAGGUUGGGUUUGUGUAUCUUUUGAUGAUUCAAAGACAAGUUUUUGUCAUAGAAUACGUGUAUGAGAAUGAGAGACUCGAUGCCUGAUGAGGGUUCCUUUUUUUUGUCUCCUUUCUUUUUCAUGUAAAGAAAAUGUGAGUAUUUGUUGGAAGGUUUUUCCAGGUUGAUGAGUUGAAUCGAUUCUUUUUCCUUUGUGAAGAAGUUCCACUGAAACGAUUACUGGGUCCGUUUGAUUUUGCUUAACGUUCACAGACGCAGCUUCUGGUUAGAUCGA